ACUGCUUUGUCUGAGAAUUGUGUCAAUAUUGAAAACUUAAAAAAGGCAUUACCAAAGAAGAUUUUACUGAUUCAUGGUGAUAAGGACUAUACUGUGCCUGUUGAAGCAACCUUGCAAUUUCACCAAGUUCUCCUGGAUCUCAAAAUUGAGGGUAUUAGACUAUGUCAGUACCCAGGAAUGAACCACGAAGAUCCAGUUGUAGUCACGAAAUUCGCACCCUCACCGUUACCAGACGCGUCAACCACCAUAGCGUACGAGGAUACAGGAGAGGAAGCGAAACCAGCGAUACUACUUGUUCCCGGGCUCGGGGAUGCAAGACAGAGCUACCGCUUCAUAGCACCGAAGCUCCAUAGGGAUGGGAGAUAUCGAAUCAUUGUUAUGGACUUGCGAGGAGCCGGGGAGAGUUCUGUUGGCUUCUCGUCUUAUACACCCGAAGACGUGGCAGGAGAUAUGAUCGCCGUUUUAAAUCAUGCGCGUGUUGUGAAACCGGCCGUACUCGUUGGUCAUUCAUUAUCGGCUGCUUCAGCCAAUAUCGUGGCUGUCAAACAUCCUGACAGAGUGCAGGGUAUAGUCAUAUUAAACGGAUUGGUAAGGGACUUGCCUGCAGAUAAGUAUUUUCGUCCGAUAUGCGGUCCACUGUUCUCGUCUUUCUGGGGUGCGUCCGUAUGGAUAAUGUACUGGAAAUCCUUAUUCACCGAUCAAUCGAAAAAACCUGCCGACUUGGAAGAGUAUGCUACUUCUUUGAAGGAAAUGCUUCAAGAAAAAGGGAAAUUAGCCGUAAUGGUUGCAUUCAUAAAGGCAACCAAAGAACCAGCAUGGAAGCUUGUACCAGAGGUCCAAGCACCUGUAUUGUUGAUCUACGGUGAUAAAGAUCCCGACUUUUCCGAUGCAGCGGCAGAACCGAUGCUAUUAGAAGAGAGCUAUAAGAAAUCUUCAAAGAUCGAGGCUUUUAUCAUCGAGGGACUUGGUCAUUAUCCGGUGAGUGAUAAGAAUAUCGUCAAAUAA